AUGGAUGACCUCCCUCCGGAGAUCACCUGGAAUAUCCUGGAAUACCUCUCGACGAAGCAACUCAUGACCGUGACCUCUGUCUCACAAAGUUUCCGGGCGAUUGUCAGAACAAUACUUGAAUAUCGCCUACAUCACUUUCUCAAGCGCGAAUACGAUACAAUUUUCCUGCGCGUGGGCUGGUAUACCCCAAUGAGAGAAAAGAAGGGUGUCAUUACGUGGGCCCACCAAGGGACGGUAGCUCUGGUGGAUGAAACGAAUCCAUGUGAUCCACUGAUGCCCUGUGUCAGGCAAUCGGCUUCCGUCCAGGAGCCGUCACAGGCGCACGGAAACGCCUGGUACUCAAUCUUCCAUCCGGCUGGCCCUCGGGGAGAUCCCUGGUUCCGACCAGGUACAUUAUGGUGGUCUGAUGAGGAUGGAAUAGAUGGUUACACGAGUAACUUUAGAGCUUACUGUGAGGAUAAUAGAGAUCUAGGAGAAGAGGUUACACUGGAAAGCUAUGAGGAUUUUGUUCAGUUCCGACUCAGGCUGUAUUUGGCUGAGCGGACUGGCCCCUACAAGGCGUUCAAGAUUGAGAACAAAAUGAUACGGAUCCCAAAAGAAUUGUUAAGUCGAUCGAAUGAAAAAGGUCGACAUGUCGGUCACCCGGAGGAUGAAGCUAACCCUGAGCUAUUCUGGGUUGACAGCCAAAAGACAAUUGGCCUUCAGGUGACGGUCACACAGGACCAGGAGCAAUACGAAUAUGAGGAAUGCACCGGCACAGUCAAAUACUAUGUGAGCCUGUCGGGUACGUCUUAG